UUUAAGGGAGCUCAUUGGUCAAACUUGAAGAUUUCCAUCCAGCAAAUGAUCCCAUUCCAAAUUCUAUAUAUUGCAUAUUCCACAAGGUAGUUUUGCCCAAUUUUAGAGCUUUUCCUGAUCCAUUUCCUGAUUGGCUGGCUGGGAAAGGGAAAGUCCAGGCAGGUCUUCCUCUGCCACACAUUCAUAUUAGAAGUUAGAGAAAGGAUUAUAAUGUCUACAUUCUCCUUUAUCUGUUAGACUUUCUAGCAAUUUGCAGCAGUGGCUUUAGGGUAGUAUCAAGGGUUUCUCCCAGUUUUUUCCAUGCCAACUUUACUCCAUUCUGUCCUAUAAAUGUUAUAUUCUUCCCAUUUUUUAAAAAGCAUUUUCCCCUUUAACAAGUGCCUGGCUGAAUAAUAAUUGAUGGUGAAUGAGUCCCAUGGAUGUUUCUUUCUCCCCAGGAUUUUUCAAUAUCUUUUCCUUUAGCAGGAUAUUUGGAUCAGUAAUUGAUUGGGGGUCCGUCCCAAGAAUAUUUGCUUCUCCCUAGAUUUUAAAAACUCCCCCCCUUUUAACGAGCUGAUUGGGCCAAUAAUAAUUGAUGGGGGGGGUGUCCAUCCAUCCCCUGAAUGUUUGCUCUCUCCAAUUUGUUUUUUUUCAAAUUUUUCUUUAAAAAAAAAAAGCCAGCGAAGCUGAUCGACCGCAAGAACAAAAACAAUUUAUUUCGGUUAUCCACGUGGGCGGAGCCCAAAGGCAGCCACUUGUUUUGCAGGAGAAGAUGCGAAAUUAACUUCCGUUUUCUUUAUCCCGGCGGAGGAGGCGACGAUGGCGGCCGAAGCGCCCUUGCAGGGUUUCUUGGAAGAAGCCACCUGCUCCAUUUGCCUGGACUUUUUCCAGGACCCCGUGCUCAUCCCGGAGUGCGGCCACAACUUCUGCCGGGGCUGCCUGACCCGCAGUUGGGGGACUUCCGAAUCGGAGGCUUCCUGCCCCCAAUGCAGACAAACCUUCAGACUCUGCAACCUCCUCCCCAACAGGCAGCUGGCGCGGAUGGUGGAAGUGGCCAGGCGAUGCGGAGGUCCUUGGGGCGAGGAAGGAGGGAGCUUCUGCCCGAAGCACCGGGAGCCCCUGAAGCUCUUCUGUAGGGACCACGAGACCCUCAUCUGCUUGGUCUGCGACCGAUCCAAAGAGCACAGGGGCCACUCGGUGAUCCCUGCGGAGGAGGCUUUCCUGGAGUACCAGAUCAAGGUUGAGAAUUGCCUGAAGGCUCAGAAGGAGCAGAAAGAAAAAAUAGCUACAUACAAAACAGACACAGAGCAAACAGUGCAGGAGAGGCUUGACCUGAUCAAAAAAGUGAAAAUAAAUGUAGUGGCUGAAUUCAGAGAGCUACAACUCUGGUUAGAAGCACAGGAGAAGCUUCUGUUGACUAGAAUGGAAGAAACGGAGAAGGACAUUAUGGCAAGAAAGGAGAAGGGUUUGGCCAAGCACAUGGAGGAACUGGGCUCUCUUGACCAUCUCAUCCAGGAGAUAGAAGAGAAGCUUCAGCAGCCAGCCAGCCAACUCUUACAGGACAUUGGAAGCAUCUUGAAGAAGUACCAGUACCAGGCAAAAGAAACAUAUGAAAAUCCAGUGGAUUUACUUCUAGAGGCAAAAUGGACAAUCUGGGAUUACAAUGAUAUCCCUGCGCUUCUGAAAAGGGCCAAGAAAAAAUUGGAAGAUACGCUAGAAACUGGACUUCAACUACAGGAAGAGAAUGUAACUCUGGAUCCAGAAACAGCCGAUCCUGACCGCCUUGAUGUCUCCAAAGAUCGCAAAAGUGUCAAAAGAGUUAAAGGAAAAUUUCUUGUUCCAGACCCUAUGGGAUCUGAAUAUCAUCCUUGUGUCCUUGGCUGUCAGAAGUUUUCAACAGGGAGACAUUUCUGGGAAGUUAUUGUAGGAGGUACAGGAGGAUGGGGUGUAGGGGUUGACAGCAAGUCAAUGAACGGAGCAAAUGCUAAUAAGCACACCAGGACCUGGGAGUUUGCGGAAUAUGGAGGGGAAUACACAGCCACCUCUCUGUCAGAAUGCUUUGUCCUGGUCCUGACUGAGAGGCCCAAGAGGAUCCGCAUCUCCCUCAACUGCGAAGGGGGACAACUGGCCUUUUUUGAUGCCAGCACAGCAACUCUGCUCCAUUCAUUCUCUGAUGCUUCCUUGGUUGGAGAGACCCUUCAGCCCUGUUUCUAUUUGGGGGAGGACACCUGCAUGACACUCCCCUCAAAGAGGGGACAUCCAUAGACAAAACUUUGGACAAAUCCCUACUUGCCAAGCGAUGAUCUCUGAAAGCCUUUAAAGCAGAGAUUCCUUAGCUUUUUGCUACUUCAGCUUCCCUUAAUGUUCUAUGCCACGCUAAUCAAUCAAUCAGUCUAUAAAGGAAGAACCUGAUCAUCAUUUCUAUUUGUCUGGAUUUUUUUAAAAAAUGAGGUUUCCUAGGACCUUUAUCGGCUUUAGCAUCAUGUGUUCAGGUGUAUCAGUAUUAAAGAUACUUUAGAGAUAAACCUGUCAAUCAUGAUUUUAUAUGUCUGCCACAGCUCUCCAUCCCAUUUAUGGAUCAUGCUUGUUGAUUUCAUGUUAGUUGGUGGCUCAGCAGACUAAGUCUGUCUGUUAUCAACACAGCUGUUUGCAAUUACUGCAAGUUCAAGUCCCACCAGGCCCAAGGUUGACUCAGCCUUCCAUCCUUUAUAAGGUAGGUAAAAUGAGGAUCCAGAUUGUUGGGGGUAAUAAAAGUUGACUUUGUAUAUAAUAUACAAAUGGAUGAAGAUUAUUGCUUAACACAAUGUAAGCCGCCCUGAGUCUUCGGAGAAGGGCGGGAUAUAAAUGCAAAUUAAAAAAUUAAAAAAAUUUAAAAAAUGAUUGUGUAGGUGUCCAUAACUCAGUAUAUUCUGUAAUCUUUAACUUCUUUUUUUCUUUACUUCCUCCUUUUUUCUUCCUAUUUUCUUUUAACAUAUGAUUGUCAUAAUCCAAUAAAUC